UCUAAUGCUUCCUCUAUAAAUUGAGCAAGGACUAAGCUUUAUUCAUCUCAUCCAAUUUUCUCUUCUUCUCUAUUGAAGCAAAGCAACAAAAAUGAAGGCAGCAUCAAAACUUGCAGUUUUCACAGUUCUAGUAUUGCUUCUUGCUGAAGCACACAUCUCUGUAGCUGUAACAUGCAGUGCAAUUCAGCUAAGCCCUUGCCUUGGCGCGAUCACAUCGAACUCACCACCGUCUGGACUCUGCUGCAGCAAGAUCAGAGAACAAAAGCCUUGCCUCUGCCAAUAUCUAAAGAAUCCAAAUUUAAGGAACUAUGUCAACUCCCCUGGUGCCAAAAAAGUCGCUCGCACUUGUGGUGUUCCCUAUCCCAAAUGUUAAUGCAACAUUUUCUACAUCUGAAGGACUAUCAGUCUAUCCAUAUCCUGCUUCUUGCUAUGUGUUUUAUGGGUUGGGAGUGAAAACUUAGAUGUUAGAUGUCUCAUGAGAGUUACUGUGUGUGCUAUGAUCUUC